GGUCCUUAGUUUCCUCAUCCUUCUUAUAAUUAUCACAAAAUCGUCAAGUAGUAGUUAUAUAAGAUAUAUAUGGUUUGAGACAAUAACAAAAUGGGAUCAAAAGCAUUUUUUCUAAUUGUUUUGGUUAUUUUACUUGUGAUAACAUCAAAGGUUGCAGCUAGGGAGUUGGCUGAACCAAAAACAUCCGAUACGCCAAAUGAUGUCCCCAAAUUUAUAGGAGGUGUACAACCAGGAUUCAGAGGAGGCGAAUAUGGGGGAGUAUUCCCAGGAGGAGGAUAUGGUGGAUAUCGUGGUGGUGGAUACCCUGGAUACCCUGGUGGUGGAUAUGGUGGAUAUCCUGGUGGUGGAUAUGGUGGAUAUCCUGGUGGCGGAUAUGGUGGAUACCCUGGUGGUGGACGAGGAUACUAUGGAGGCUAUCCAAGAGGAGGAUAUGGUGGAUUUAAUCCUGGUGGUGGUUAUGGCGGAGGAGUAUAUCCUGGAGGUGGUUGGUAUGGAGGAUUGCCUCGCAACUAAUUAAUUAAUUGCAUGCACCUUUGAUGUAUCAGUUAUUGUGUCCAUAGUAAAUAUUGAUGAGAAGCCUCGUGGACAACGGAUGACUAUGGCUAUUUAUAUAUUUUACUUUAUGUUUUAGUAAAGUAAUAGUUUUGUUGUUGGAAGUAUGAAUAAAUGUAUAAUAAAUCUCCAUUCCCUUACUACUAUGGAUGGAUGGUCAUGUCUUGUUUUUUCUUUUUAUAUAAAUGUAUGAGAACCAACUUAUAUAAAUCUCUUUCCUUUUACAUGUAA